ACCGCGACUGCAGCCGCCUUAAGGCAAAGGAUCACCGGGAGCUCAAAGUAUAUACGCGCAUUAGACCCACCGACAUACAUAUAUAGGUGGUACAGCGUUGAAUAUCGGCGCUCGUUGGCUCCAAAAAUAGCAUAUAAUAUAAGCAGCAGUCACGAGGAAUGGGAGUGCGGCUCGGCAGUUGUAGUCGCCGCGCUCCGCACGAGCCGAGCGGAAGAAGGUGAACGCACAACCCCCCCCCGUGCCCAACGUACAUUAUUAUAGAUAUAGAGCCCGGCCCGGAGAGAUUAACUCGGCGAUGCCGGCCCUGGUGUGCAGCAACACCCUGAGCCCCGGGCCCCGAGCUCCUGCCGUCCGUCGCCCCAUCGCUUGCGCCCGCACCACCGCCAACAAAGCCCAACACCAUCGCGAGCUCGAGUGAUGCUCAAGCACAUCCUGACGGGGCAGCCGUCGUCGUCGUCGAGUGCUGCCUCCCGGCCACCGCACCACCAGCAGCACCAUGACUACCACCACAAUCCGGGGACGUCCUCGUCCUCGACACCAGCUGCAGCCCAACAGGGCUUCCAGGUUGGCCAUCCCUCGGCCCGCGCCUCCAUCCGAGCCCAGAGCAGCGCCGACGUCUACGACAACGUCGGCCACCAUCACCAACGAGCCGGGCCCCAUCAGCAGUUUCAGCCGGGCGUGCACUCGCGCCACCAUCCCCUCAACCACUCGCAGCUCAGCGUCAACAACCUCGCGGCCCGGCUCAACGCCAGCCACCACUCCCAACACGCCCUCAACCUCUCCACCCUCUCGACCUCCAAGCACUCGGUCAACAGCGCCAGCCCCGUCGUCGGGGCACACCUGGCCAACUACGCCGAGCGCGCCCGCCCACCCCAUCACCUACAACUCCUCGCCCACUCGCAACUCCACCACCACCACCACCACCACCAACAACAACAACAACAACAACAACAUCUACAACAACAUCUACAACAACAACAACAUCUACAACAGCAGCAGCACCACGGGGAUCUGUCCAAGGUGAAUGGGGGCUUGGACAUUUCGAGGCGGAUGCCGGGCCAGCCGACCCCGUCGCCGGCGACGCCCUGUCCCAAUAACACCAACAGCACGUGCACGGCCGUGCCGACAGUCACUACGACGACGACGACGAGCAGCGUGGCGCCCCUCAACGUGUCCUGGUCGUCCUCGUCCCUGUCGCAGCGCGCCCAAAAGGGCCUCGAGGCCGGGAUCAAGGAGGUACUCACCAGUCUGGGCCUCUUGUGUUUGGUCUCGUUGCUGCUCGCCCUUCUCUCCCUCACCUUUCUCAUACGCAUGGCCUCCGUGUCGUACCAGCCGCACACCCUCAUCAGCCACGACGAGUUCGCCAUCGUCUACGACGUCACGGUGGUCCUGUACUCGCUCGCCCUCUGCCUCAACCUGUGCUGCCUCCUCAUUUGCGCCAUACAGUUCCUCUUCGCCGUCAAGCUCGUCAAGUCCCUGUACCACGGACAACGGACAAACAAGUACCUGCAGAAAUCGUCGAUCAGCCGAGUGUGCGCGAUCGGUGGUUUUUUUAUAAGCAUUCCGGUCUUCUUAGCUGGUAUGAUACUCUACGCGUUUAUUCAAUUCCAAUCGACAUCGGCCAUCGUGACGUCGGUGAUCAUCGGUUUUGGAAUUUUGUAUUGUGGCUGCGUUCUGGUGCACACGGUCUUCGUGUGGCAAAAAGAGAAGACGAAUGCAAUGAAGGCGCUUCGUCGGGAACAGUACGAGGCUGCGGCCCAGCUGCAACGUCAGCAGCAACAGCAGCAGCAGCAGCAACAACAACAGCAGCAGCAACAGCAGCAGCAGCAGAACCAGCAACGUCCACAAGUUACGAGCUCGUGCGGAGCCGCGAGUCGUCUGGCAGCUAGUGACCAGCUGGUAAUGGGCAAUCACUCCCGACUCGGCUUAAACGCGUCGAUGGUCCAUCAACAGCAGCCGGCCCACCAGCAGCAACAGCACUCGCUCGGUCUACACGGGCACCGGCACGUGUCCAUGUCCCCGGCGCUUACCGGCGGAGGCUUGCACGCCGGCGUUUUGAACGCCUCGCAGCGCAGCCACCUCAUGAUGGGUCCGGCCAGUCCGCCCCGUACUCCGGGCGACCACUCGCCUACCGGAGUACCUCCUGGCCGUGCUUCCCAACAGCAACAGCAACGCGAGGCCGCGGGCAGCGUCAGCCCCGGACUGCCGGUUGCCACUGUCGACCUCAGCUCGGCCAAUAGUCACGAGCUAUCCACGCUUGUCUGAGUAUACCUGGAGUGCUCGUGGGCUACAAACAAUUAUGCAAGGUGUCGAGUGCGUGACAUAUGUGAUGCGUGUAUACGCUACACCGAGCUAGCUUUAUGACUUUUGGGGUACACUUUUUUUUUGAGCUCUAGAGCUGACAGGCACCACUUGCCUGUCUCUGAUGCGGGGACUCUUGAUAGUGUGUUUAUGCGUGUUAUGUGGUUUUUUUUUUUCUUCUCAAUUGUAUUAUAACUUUGCGAACGGUUUUCUCAUUAGGAGGAAGUAAUCUAUAGCGGUCUAUGGAACUGUAAACGUGUGUCCUUGAAUUAUUUUGUUCUACGUUUUUUGGAUUCAUAUAAUACGAUGUAUGUGUACGAUGAUUACUUUUUGUUGUUCAAAUGGAGUAAUUCACGAGAAAACUUGUUUUCGGUUGUUACGCGUAUGCCCUUUUUUUUACAAUUUUUUUGUAAGAUUUACUCAUUUUGCUACUACAUAUAUAAAAAAAAAAAAAAAACAUCACUGCUACCGGGUGUAAAACUCAUGGAAAGACUGAAGUUUGCAGUUUUAUGUAAAAACACAUGAUACAUUUGUUAUUCCAUGAUUUGUUGUAACGUAAAUGGUUAAUCAGAGUUGCUCAAGUUGGGCAAAUUUCAAAUGUUUAAACUUACAAAGUACAAUUCAGCUAUUUUUAUCAAUUGUAUAAAAUUCGUAGUUAAUAUUAUAAUGUUAUGAAUAUUCACAAACAGUUUACGAAAACGUUUAUUAUUAAGUUUAAGUCAAGAUUGAUUUUCAAUGUGUAAAUAAAAUGCACAUGUACGAAAUAUAUAUUGCACAUGAUUGUAUGAAACUAUUUUUUUAUAGUAAAAGUUGCCUCGUGAUCAUAAGGCAGGGUAAUGAAAUGAAAUUCGUGUACGUCAUUGUCACAUUAUGUAGGUAGUGCAGUUAAAAGUAACUAUCAUAU